AUGGCACCCGAGGGGGACCUAGGAAACUUCAUGAGCAUUAAUAAAUACCAUGCACUCAUGGAGAAAGAAGCCUAUGAAACGGAUCAUCCCGAGGAAGAUGAGGUGAUUGGAAUGGAAAUUGUGGUGCAACCAAUCCCGAACACGGGGGAGGAUGUAACCUCUUGCCUCGGUGAGAGUUCAAGGCACAAAAAUGAUCGGAAGAUGGAUAACGUGCGAGGAAUUGUGAAAACCUCGUCCCGCAACGUUAUCAAAAGACUAAUUGUUGUUCAUAAUAUUUCUUUCAUGGCAAUAAUGGAACCUUUCACCGCGCCAAACCCGGAGUUGUAUUCGAAGUUUUUCGGACUCAACUUCAAAGGCGCUAACACGUCGGGGAAAAUUUGGAACUUUACUAGAGAGGGAGUUAACUUUGAUGUUAUGGACGACUCCGAGCAAGCUCUCCACGGUAUACUUCGCUUGGAGGCAGGCAGCCAACCUGUGGCGGUCACGGUUAUCUAUGCUAAGUGUACUCGUGCGGAAAGAUAUCCACUCUGGGACAAAUUGCGGGAUCUUGCGGACAACUUGGGGAGUCGGCCGUGGAUUAUUGGAGGGGAAUUCAACACCAUUCUUAACCCACGAGAUAGGUCCGGGAGCGAGUCUAAUAGUCAAGCGGAGAUGUUGGACUUCGCGGAAGCAAUCGAAGAUUGUAGACUGGUCGAUGUGUGCUUUGACGGUGCACCUUUCACUUGGGUAAAGAACAACCUAUUUGAGAAGCUUGACAGAGUUUUUAUAAAUGAGCAGUGGACGAGCGUUUUCGAGGCAACAAGAAUCACGAACCUGCCUCGCGUCGCCUCGGAUCAUGGUCCCAUCCUGGUUCGAUGCAAAACAGAGGUGACAGGGGAGCAAGGUAGGAACUUCCAAUUCCAGAACAUGUGGUUGAGACACGAGGGGUUUCGAGGAGUCGUGGAAUCCAGUUGGAGCCAACCCACCGAGGCCGGAGGACUACUUAACUUGCAAAUCAAGCUCGCAAGGCUUAAGAAAGUCCUUAAAGAGUGGAAUAGAGCAACUUUUGGAAACCUCCAAUCCAACCUUAAAGAGGCCGAGGCAACUAUAGUAGAGGCCCAGCAAGCCUUCGAAGCUGAUGCGUCCCCAACCAAUAGAUGCCGAGCCUCGGACUUAGAGAGCCUCGCUACUUCCCCCAAUGAAGAGGAGAUCAAACGGGCAGUAUGGAGCAUUUCGGCUGAUAGCACACCAGGCACCGACGGAUUCACCGCGUCCUUCUAUCAUAGUUGUUGGGAUAUCAUUGGUCGGGAUGUGGGGGAUGCGGUAAUACAAUUUUUUAACGGGGCUUUUCUCCCACGGACCAUCACCGCGACAAUGAUUGUUCUAUUACCAAAGAAGGAUAACCCGGCAUCUUGGUCGGACUAUCGACCAAUUAGUCUUUGCAAUGUUUCAAACAAGAUCAUCACAAAUGUCCUUGCCUCAAGGCUGGCCCCCGUCCUCCCUAAGGUAAUAUCCCCGAACCAAAGUGGUUUUAUUAAAGGGAGGCUUCUAAACGACAACGUCCUCUUAGCCCAAGAAAUGUUUCACGAGUUAUAUAGAAGGAGGCCCGCGCCAAACGUUGCAAUCAAGAUUGAUAUGGCAAAGGCUUAUGAUCGGGUACAAUCGCCUUUCUUGAUCCAAGUCAUGCGCCGUAUGGGAUUCCCGGAGACAUUUCUUAGUCUCAUUGGAAGAUGCAUUGGAAUUGUUGCGGAAUAUCUAUCAAGGGCGUUGGAUGAGCUAAUUUUGGGGAAGAUGGAAAUGACCUUCAAGUCUAAAUGCGCAUGCUCCGAUGUUAGUCAUUUGGCCUACGCUGAUGAUAUUGUUAUUUUUACGCAAGCGGCCAAGGAAUCCAUCCAACGGGUUAGAGCUUGUUUAGACGAAUAUUCGGCUGUGUCCGGGCAGAAGAUCAAUCUAUCGAAGAGCAAUUUUUACAUUACCGAGACUAACGGUGACUGUGCGGGCACGGUGAAACGGAGGGUGGAUUUACUAGAGGCCCCUGUGGAGGGCAAACGACGUACACACUGGAUUGCUUGGGAACAGAUUUGCCUCCCCACUACGGAAGGAGGUCUAGGGAUUAGGAAAUUUGAGGAUGUCCUGAAGGCCUUCAACGUCAAAUUGUGGUGGCGCGUUAGAGAGCAAAACUCCUUAUGGGCCUCACACAUGUAUAGCAAAUACUGUGCCUCAAAAUCACCUUUGGCUCGACUGAACUCAGGUAGGAGCAGCCCGACGUGGCGACGACUCGCGGCCGCUUGGCCCCUGGUCCAGCUAAACAUCCGUUGGAUCAUUGGUGAUGGACGAGCCCUGUUUUGGGACGACAUCUGGCUCCGGGAUAGGCCAAUCAGAGAUCUUUGCUUAGACACAAGGGGUGAUCCCACGACAAGGGUUGCAGAGUUUUGGAUGAAUGGAAAGUGGGACGGGGCUAAGGUUGGCACCACAUGCAACCAAACGGGUAUGCCGCCUCACGUGGCUGAGGCCAUCAUGAGCACCCCUAUCCUCCUUGACAGCCCCGAUGUCCCGAGGUGGACUUUGUCUCGAGGGGGAAAUUUCUCUCUGUCCUCGGCAUGGGAUUCUAACAGGGCUAGGCGGCCCCGUAUCCCAGCUCUUGGAGACAUCUGGCACGGUGGCAUCUCAACAACAAUCUCGGUUUUCAUGUGGAGACUUAUUUCGAAUAGAAUACCGGUUGACGCAAAACUACAAUGGAGGAACAUCUCCUUGGCAUCUAAAUGCCAAUGUUGUCCUAGGCAGCCGGGGUUGGAAUCCAUUCAUCACCUUUUUAUUAAUGGACAAGGGGCGAGCAUGGUUUGGAGGCUUUUUGAUGAAUGGUUUGAUGGUGCGAGCCAUCCCCUUCGGCCAUCGGACUCCAUUCCAUCUAGACUCGAAGCUUGGGCUAAGAGAAUCAACCGGUCCACAAAGGACCACAUGGCUCGGACCCUUCCUUGCAUCAUCCUUUGGUAUUUGUGGGCGGAGAGGAACAACAGCCGGCAUAAUGGGGUUUGCUUCAGGGCUUAUAACGUGGUAUGGCAAGUCAGGCUAUAUGUCCAGAAACUGGUGGAAAGUGGGCGAGCACGGGCGAAGCACUUCAAGGAUGUCCGUUUUGAGGGGUUAACACUCCCUGUCCACAUGUACAUCCGGAAUUCUAUGGCAAACGGGUGCCUGAAGCCGAAGCACUGGCGAGGAGUUAAACUUGGUAUUAACAUCCCUCAACAAGCGGAAGCCAUUCGGGCGUUGCCUCUCGCCAUGGCGAUCAAAUGGGAGCCACCGGACCCCCCUUGGAUUAAAGUGAAUACGGAUGGUUCCUUCAAUGAAGCGAUCAACAAAGCAGGAGGGGGAGGAGUCAUUCGCGAUUUCUCGGGUAAAAUGCUUGUGGCCUUUUGCAUACCUUUUGAAGCACAAUCGGCUCUGGAGGCGGAAUUGUUGGCAAUGAUCCACGGGCUGAACAUCGCCAAGGAAUUUGGCCUCCCUAUUUGGAUCGAAUCAGACGCCGAACAAGCUAUCAAAUUGAUUAAUGGGGCAGGAUGGGGACCGGCGCUAGCCCGGGAAGCCAUGGCGCAUCUGAUCCUUCUUAAGCGUCAACUUAAAUUCCGUGCCACCUUCAUUCACCGGGAGGGAAACAAGGCGGCGGAUUUCCUUGCGAGAAUGGGACUAGGGAGAGAUAGAGGCCAACAAAUGCAACAAGACUCGGUGCCGAGAGAGCUUGCGGACCUCGUCCGCAUGGAUCAAAUGGGUCUUUCACAUGUUCGUACCCUAGGAAGGGACGGGGACUAG